AGCCAACUACCAUAGCCUUGCUUUCUCUCAACACCUGUGGUAUUUGUAUUUAUACGAAUAGCCUCAUAUACAGUAAAUGCUACAUCUUAUAUCUCGAAAUUAUUUUUAAAAAAUGCAUAAGAGAGACCACAACAUCCAACAGUAACGUUUGCUAGCAUGCUAACACAGACGAAAGUGGUUUAGUUACCUGUAUCUUUGCAGCUAAUUUGAGCGAUUUUUCAUUUUGAUAUACGGAAUCGUAACACUGACCAACCUGAACAAAAGUAGCUAAAAGUUACUAUCUCUUAACUGUAGCUAGCUGCUCAUAGACAGUUUGCCAUGAUGUCCGCAGCCAUCAUAACUUUCCAGUCUCAGCUCUCCGGAGUCAUGGAGACGGUCCUUAAGUCAGCCAUGUACGAGAUCACCAGGCUGGUGGAGGAUAGUUUCCUGGAGGAGGUGUCCCGGAGCAGGGAACAGGUCGAGUCACUGAAGACGCGGCUGCAGUGGUCGGAGAACAGAGAGGGAGGCCAGAGGGGGAAGUGUCGGGACUGUGGGAGAGCUGGCAAGGAAGGUGAAGAGAUAAGCUUAGGAACUUCACAGACAGGUGUGGAGAGGGGGCGUGGCCUGAAGCAGGAGAAGGUACCAGGGGAGGAGUGGAGCAGCUGUGGGGGCGUGGCCAGGGAAACAACCUUCAAUGAUCUGGAGGAGGCUGAGGCCACCAGCCCUAAGAGAACCUCUGAGGUAGGUAGGGGACUGACUAAACACAUGGAGGCUGAGGCCACCAGCCCUAGGAGAAUCUCUGAGGUAGGUAGGGGACUGACUAAACACAUGGAGGCUGAGGCCACCAGCCCUAAGAGAACCUCUGAGUCCACAGAGGUCACAGGUCAGAAGCUGGACAGCCUGCUGAAAGAGGAGGCUCUCCACACCACUGAGCUACAGGAGAGAUGGGAGUUCUGCCUGGACGAGGCUGAUGGUUUGGAUGUCUCUGGGCCCAGUAAGAGUUUUAUUCAGCAGGAGCUACAGCAGUGCCAGGAUGAGUGGGGAUCCAGUCUAGACCAGAGACCUGAACCACCAGGCCCCGAGGGAGACCAAAGAAAACCUAUCGACCCUCUCUACCGUCCCCACUACAGCAUGGAGGAACUAGGGGGUGAUUUUGAGAAGUCUGGUUAUGACAGUCCUAGUAGUGGAGGCCAUCUUCUAGACAUGGAAGGGCUGGAUAGGCUUCCUGGUUCUCCGUCUCGUCUGGGGGCGCUGAGCUACGGAGCUGUGGGUCACUACCAAGUGAAUCUGGGGGUGUCUGAGGGGGGAGACCAUCACCAUCGCUCCCACAUGCCUGGCUCCCAUCGGAGACGGAGGGAGCAGGUGGAUUCGCCAACGCCACCCCCCCACCCGGUGGUGGGAGACCUGAACUGCCUGUUGAUCAACGAGGAGGGGUACUUGCAGGACUCCAGUGUCUUGUACCCUGAACACGGUGUCCCAGAGUCGGGUAACAGAGCUGGCCACAGGGGGCUAACCUCCAUCCACUCUGGAAGCUCAGCCCACAACAACACAGAGAGCCCGGAUGAUGCCGCUGACGAUUUUGGACACUCUCUAAACCUCAGAGAUCGUUCACAAGAGCAAGUAACAGGAGGAGGGGGGAGGCGUCAUGCCUGCACUCAAUGUACCAUGAGCUUCCCAGACUCUGGUUCCCUCAAGUCCCACAAGCAGACACACAAAACGGGGAGAGGGUUGAGUUCAGGAUCUGGGCCUCCGUACUCCUGCACCCAGUGCGGUAAGACCUUCACCCAGGCCUGCAACCUCAAGGUCCACCAGCGAGUCCACCAGGCAGAGGGACUUCACCUCUGCAGCCACUGCUCCAAGGGCUUCACCUCCUUCUCCGACCUGAAGAGGCACAAGUGCAGCCAGACGACAGACAAGCCCUACUGCUGCUCCAUCUGUGGGAACAAGUUCAGUCGGCUCUGGAACCUCAAGCUGCAUCAGCGCAUUCACACGCAGGAGAAACCUCACCGCUGCACUAUGUGUGACAAGAGCUUCACACGGGUGGACAUUUUGAAGGUACACCAGCGCACGCACACUGGGGAGAGACCGUACUGCUGUGCUGUGUGUGGACUCAGCUUCAAACGACUGGCCCAUCUAAAGUUACACCAGCACAAACACAGGCCGGAUUUCCUGGCCUGAGCGGUGGUCUAGAACAGUGGUUUCCAAACUGUGAGGCAUGGGGUCCUCCAAUUUCUUUUAAAUAUAUAUAUACUUAUAGUACAUUCAAAAGUUUGGACAUACCUACUCAUUC